AUGUUUCGUCCCUCCCUUCUGCUUCCGAGUGACGAGUAUCGCGGCUCACACAUGUGGCAGAUUGGCUGGAUGUGCAGUGGGGUUCUGUUUGAGUCCGGCAGUGUGCUGUUGACGGCCAUUCUUGCAUGGUGCUUCGCCGUCCUUGACGUAGAAAAACAAGUAUGGGCGACGCUGCCCCUGCCGCUCUGUCUCUUCGAUGCAUCUGUUUUGAUUCUGAGCAUUCGGCGUCUCUACCUGGGGCAGGCGUGGCUGCUGACCUCGGAGCUGCGGGUCCGGUAUCUGCUUGUCUUCUCAUUCCUCUUUCGCCUUCUCUUUUCGCUGACGCUCUCCCUCGUCCUCCUCGAGGUGCUCGCCCUCUCUGUCCUUCCUCUCCCUGCUUUCGCCGCCUACGGUGGGGGCGUCCUCCUCAAUACUCGCGCUCAGGACGGGUACACGUGGGUGCGGCUCCACGUGCUCGACCUAGUCGUCUUUCUGACGAGUCUGAACGUCGUUCUGUCCUCUCUCGCUCCUUCUCCAUGGUCGUCCUCGUCGCUCCUCUACCCCGUCUUUGCUGUGUGUAUCGCAUUCCUCGCUCUCACGCUUCUGCUCUGGUAUAUGGUGCUCACCGAUCCGGCUCUGCGGCAAGACACGCUGCUUCGGCUCGCGGUAAACCUCCUUCUGCAUCUGUCUUUCUCCUUCUUUAUCUUCGUUGUCUUCCUCGCUCGCUUCCUCGACCAAAGAAACGCGAGGCUUUUUUUCGACGCCUCCCAUUUCUUCCCGCCGCCUCUCGGGGCCGAGGCCAACCCCCGGGGCGCCCCCCCGACGCCGACCUCGCCCGCGCGGGCGCCAGGCCUCCUCUCUUUGUUAGCUUUUUUUCUCUUUGCUCCGGCGAGAAAGCAUGGUGUAAACAGCCCCUUCAGGACGGAUUUCCGCCCGUCCGUGUACCCGACAGCGGCGUCAUCCGUCUCCACGCUGUUCUCAGAGGCUGAAGGCGCAGUGGACCCGGCGACGGUCACCGCGACGUACUGGGCAGUCCCCCUGCUUUUUGCCUUGCUGCUUGCGCAGAUCCUAGCUGGCUUCUGUUUCGUCUUCCUCGUGGCUUCCCACACGGAGCUGAGGUCUCCGCCUCAUUCCCCGUUCCUGUCGGAUUGGUCGGCGACAGCGGGGCCCUCGCCCCACAGUCCCUUGUUGGCGGCCGCGAGGGGCGCAGGCUCCUGCCGCUCAGACGCGGAGACACCCCCGCCGCUCAGUCGCGACAUGCGAGUGACGCUUGAGAAGGUCGGCCACCACUUUUACCGCAUCCUUCAUAGCGCGGCGCCGCCCGAGGCAGGCCCCGUCGAGCGCGUCUCUUUGCUUCGGGACGCGUUUGCGCCGCAGGGACAAGGCGGAAAGGGGGGCUAUGCGCACGACCCCAGGGGCGACAGGGUCGGCGGAGAAACAGCUGGCAAGCCUGCAGAGCGGAGUCGCGCUGUGCCGACGGGGGACCCCGUAGACGCGUGCCAGACGCCGAGAGGAGGCAGCGAGGAAAAGGAAAGUAGCCAUGCCUGCAGAGGCGCUGGUGGAAAUGUCUAUGCCGUGGCGGUCGACCUGCAGAGGGCAGGGUGCGAGAGCGGUUUUGACUGCAGUGGCCCUGAUGAUGUGCCUGGGGUGGACGGUGGCGAAGAAAAGACGAGAGCGCAGAAAGGAAUGCUCUGCGGGCAGGGGGGGGGCGCACGCCAGGAGGGCAACUCGCCAGGAGCGUCCCCGACUCAAAACCUCGUGCAACGGAGGAGACCGAUAGAGCCCGAGAGGGGGGGGACACAGCGGCCGAGGCGGCUGGCUGUUCGGAGCACAAGUAUGCCCAACAAGGGGUUUGUGAAGCGCAGCAGACUACAGGGCGGAGCGGCGGCGCAGGGGACGACAACGAAGCUGAAACAGGCGCCCUUUCUGCAGCGCUCCGGACCUCGUUGGCCGUUCUCGACGAGAGCCGAUGUGUCGCGCGAGCGGAUGAGUGCCUCGCAAGGGACUGAAGAAGACCGUUCGUCUACACCGCCCGACGAGAGAGAGAUAUCUUUUGAAGACGCGACCAGCCAACUGCUCCACCUCGAGGGGUGCGACGGCCCUGGGGAAGUCGCACCCCUCCGACCGAAAGGCCCUGGGGCCUUUCGGUCGGCGGCGUUUGAAGCGGAAGGAGGAAACCUAGGAAUGGACGCAGCCGGGGGCACAGAAGCUUCCUGGAUGCUCAGAGACACAGCCGAUGGGGUUCCCGCGACGCCUCAGGAGCGAGAUGAGGUUGCAAGAACGGAGACAAUGAGCGGAGGCGGGGCGCGUAUGCGCGACACCGGAAGACGCGAAGAUGACGCUGAGAGAGAAGGGGAAGAGUGCGGCUCUGAUGGAGAUGCCAACAUAGCCGCUUCAUGCGCCUACGCAGCGACGCCCGGGCGAGCCUCCGGGGCGGAUAGAGGCCCGCGCGCGGCUGCGUCUCGGAGAUGGGUGUCUCGGUUGGAUCACUUGAGCCCGCACGGCUCAGCGGCAGAGGCGCGAACCGAAAGUAAUAGCGGUGAGCUUCCCUUGCAACGCAGGCCAGGGGCGGGAGCCCCGGAGGCUCAGGAAGCACGCGGAGCAAAUGGAGACAGAGCAGUAGCCGCGCCCGAGGGCCUUUCUCACGCCGGCCCUGUGGAAGGGGGGCAGAGCGAAGAAGGCGACUCUUGCAUCAUCUGCUACCAGAACCACCCCAACGCGGUCCUCUUGUAUUGUGGCCAUGGAGGCCUUUGCUUCCGCUGCGCCCAGACGUGUUUUCACAGAAACGGAAGGUGCCCGACGUGCCGGCAAGCGGUGAAGGGCGUCGUGGAGCUUCAGGAGGAUGCCAGCGACUCUUCGGAGCGUCCCGAAGUUGAUUUGGAGGAAGGGGAACAACAAGCAAGCAAUGGGAGACACAGGAGAGAAGGACGACGAAACGUCAUCACCGCCACAGUGAAGGACGUUAGGAGAUCGUGA